AAGAUGAAGCUCAAUAAAAGGGAGGAUAUAGAGUUAGAGUAAGAUAAUAAAGGAAGGUGGGUGGGGUGUGUGUUACUAGCAAGAACUAUACCCAUAGCUAGGGAGGGUGGUAGAGGUAGUGAUAGUGGGAAAACUAAGAAGGUGGUUCAUUAAAAGCUUAUAAUAAUAAGAGAAUUUUCCUUGUUUUUUAAUUGAAAAUGUCACAACAAGAUUCUGAGGAAGAGAUAAAGACCAUUGAACAUUGGAAAUGGUCUGAAAUGCAAGGACUUGAGCUUGUUCCAGGAGAAUCACAACCACCACCACCACCAACAACAAGAACAGCAUCAAUGGAGGAAGAACAAAGAGGAGAAGAAUACAAGGAGCAAGAAAAAAUGGUGGAGAAGGUCACUUCAGAAGCAAAUAGAGAUGGUGGUGCUGCUACUAGUACUAGUGGUGGUGGAGAAAAAGGUGAAAGUGUUGAACCUGUUGGGUUUGGUGAGCUUUUCAGAUUUGCUGAUUCAUUGGAUCACAUCCUAAUGGGAAUUGGAACAAUUGGAGCAAUGGUACAUGGAUGUUCAUUGCCACUGUUCUUAAGGUUCUUUGCUGAUCUUGUGAACUCUUUUGGUUCCAAUGCCAAUAAUGUGGACAAGAUGACCCAGGAAGUUGUUAAGUAUGCAUUUUACUUCCUUGUUGUUGGUGCUGCUAUAUGGGCAUCAUCAUGGGCAGAGAUUUCAUGUUGGAUGUGGACAGGUGAGAGGCAAUCAACAAGGAUGAGGAUCAAGUAUCUUGAAGCUGCUUUAGAACAAGACAUUCAAUUCUUUGACACAGAGGUUAGAACCUCAGACGUUGUUUCUGCAAUCAACACUGAUGCUGUCAUGGUCCAAGAUGCCAUUAGUGAGAAGUUGGGUAAUUUCAUUCACUACUUUGGCACAUUUAUUUCUGGGUUUGCUGUGGGAUUCAGUGCUGUGUGGCAAUUAGCACUGGUCACUCUUGCUGUAGUUCCUAUGAUAGCUGUCAUUGGAGCCAUUCACACAACCACUUUGGCCAAGCUCUCUGCUAAAAGCCAAGAAGCUCUUUCUCAAGCAGGCAACAUUGUUGAACAGGUCAAUAAUACACCAAAGUAUUUAUCUUGGGAGCUUCUUUUAACUUUUUUUCACCUGGGGCUUCUGAGGAUUGCUCAGAAGCUUGGAUACAAAACUGGAUUUGCAAAGGGAAUGGGAUUGGGUGCUACUUACUUUGUUGUUUUCUGCUGCUAUGCUCUUUUGCUUUGGUAUGGUGGAUAUCUAGUUAGGCAUCACUACACCAAUGGAGGAUUAGCCAUUGCAACCAUGUUUGCUGUUUGUAUUGGUGGAUUGGCUUUAGCCCAGUCUGCACCAAGCAUAGCUGCAUUUACAAAGGCCAGAGUGGCAGCUGCAAAAAUUUACCGUGUGAUCGAUCACAAGCCGGCUAUAGAGAGAAACAAUGAAUCCGGUGUGGAGUUAGACAGUGUCACAGGACUAGUGGAGCUGAAAAAUGUGGACUUUUCAUAUCCAUCUAGGCCAGAUGUUAGGAUUCUCAACAAUUUCACCUUAAGUGUGCCUGCCGGCAAGACCAUAGCCUUGGUGGGAAGCAGCGGCUCCGGAAAGAGCACGGUUGUGUCCCUCAUAGAGAGAUUCUAUGACCCUUCAUCAGGACAAGUUUUGUUAGAUGGGAAUGAUGUUAAGAGUUUGAAGCUAAAGUGGUUGAGGCAGCAAAUAGGACUAGUGAGCCAAGAACCGGCUUUGUUUGCGACAACAAUUAGAGAAAACAUACUCUUAGGAAGAUCUGAUGCUGACCAAGUUGAGAUUGAAGAAGCUGCAAGAGUAGCCAAUGCUCAUUCUUUCAUUAUCAAACUUCCAGAAGGUUAUGAAACACAGGUAGGUGAAAGGGGGUUGCAACUUUCAGGAGGCCAAAAGCAGAGAAUUGCUAUAGCAAGGGCAAUGCUGAAGAACCCAGCAAUUCUUCUCCUAGAUGAGGCGACAAGUGCGUUGGACUCCGAGUCAGAAAAGCUUGUGCAAGAAGCACUUGAUAGGUUUAUGAUUGGUAGAACAACACUUGUGAUUGCACACCGCCUUUCCACGAUUCGCAAAGCUGAUCUUGUUGCAGUACUUCAGCAAGGAAGUGUAUCAGAAAUUGGAACUCAUGAUGAGCUUUUCGCCAAAGGCGAAAAUGGAGUCUAUGCCAAGCUUAUCAGGAUGCAAGAGGCUGCCCAUGAAACUGCCAUGAGUAAUGCUAGAAAGAGUAGUGCAAGGCCUUCGAGUGCAAGAAACUCUGUAAGUUCACCUAUUAUUGCUCGGAACUCUUCUUACGGCCGGUCACCAUACUCAAGAAGGCUAUCUGACUUCUCCACAUCGGAUUUUAGUCUUUCCAUUGAUGCAUCACAUCCAAAUUACAAGCUCGAAAAGCUUGCCUUCAAAGAGCAAGCCAGUUCCUUUUGGAGACUUGCAAAGAUGAACUCUCCUGAAUGGCUCUAUGCUUUAAUUGGUUCUAUAGGUUCAGUUGUUUGUGGAUCCCUUAGUGCCUUCUUUGCUUAUGUUCUUAGUGCUGUUCUCAGUGUCUAUUACAAUCCGAACCACAGACACAUGAUCCGAGAAAUAGAAAAGUACUGCUACUUGUUAAUAGGACUUUCAUCCGCAGCUCUUAUCUUCAAUACAUUGCAGCAUUUCUUCUGGGAUAUUGUUGGCGAAAAUCUCACGAAACGAGUGAGGGAGAAAAUGUUCAGUGCAGUGCUCAAGAACGAAAUGGCAUGGUUCGAUCAGGAAGAAAAUGAGAGUGCUAGAAUUGCAGCAAGGCUAUCUCUUGAUGCCAACAAUGUCAGAUCAGCCAUUGGAGAUCGAAUUUCGGUAAUUGUGCAGAACACUGCACUUAUGUUGGUUGCUUGCACUGCAGGGUUUGUACUACAGUGGCGCCUUGCUCUCGUCCUUGUAGCCGUCUUCCCAGUUGUUGUUGCAGCCACUGUUUUGCAGAAAAUGUUCAUGACUGGUUUCUCUGGUGACCUUGAAGCUGCUCAUGCUAAGGCCACACAACUUGCUGGGGAGGCUAUAGCCAAUGUAAGGACUGUUGCAGCCUUUAAUUCGGAAAAGAAAAUCGUAGGACUUUUCGUCUCAAACCUUGAAAUUCCUCUAAGACGCUGCUUUUGGAAGGGACAAAUUUCUGGAAGUGGAUAUGGGAUAGCACAGUUUGCACUCUAUGCUUCCUAUGCACUUGGUCUUUGGUAUGCUUCUUGGCUUGUGAAGCACGGAAUAUCUGACUUCUCUAAAACAAUCCGAGUUUUUAUGGUCCUCAUGGUCUCGGCUAAUGGUGCUGCUGAAACUUUAACUCUGGCUCCUGACUUCAUCAAGGGGGGUAGAGCCAUGAGGUCUGUCUUUGAACUCCUUGACCGCAGAACUGAAAUUGAGCCGGAUGAUUCUGAUGCUACACCUGUUCCUGACCGGCUUCGUGGUGAAGUUGAGCUAAAGCAUGUUGACUUCUCUUAUCCUACUCGGCCGGAUAUGCCUGUUUUCCGGGACCUCAGUCUUCGUGCAAGAGCAGGUAAAACUCUAGCCCUUGUAGGGCCUAGUGGCUGUGGUAAGAGCUCAGUCAUUGCACUUAUCCAGAGGUUCUAUGAUCCAUCUUCCGGCCGAGUCAUGAUUGAUGGAAAGGACAUAAGGAAAUACAACCUUAAGUCCCUAAGAAGGCACAUUGCUGUGGUGCCUCAAGAACCAUGCUUGUUUGCUACUUCAAUUUAUGAAAACAUUGCUUAUGGCCAUGACUCGGCUACUGAAGCCGAGAUCAUUGAGGCUGCUACUCUUGCCAACGCGCACAAGUUCAUAUCCGGCCUGCCUGAAGGAUACAAAACAUUUGUUGGGGAGAGAGGAGUUCAGCUAUCAGGAGGACAAAAGCAAAGAAUAGCUAUUGCUAGAGCUUUUGUGAGGAAGGCAGAACUCAUGCUUCUCGACGAAGCAACAAGUGCACUAGAUGCAGAAUCUGAGAGGUCUGUGCAGGAGGCUCUAGACCGAGCUUGCACUGGAAAAACAACUAUCAUGAAGAAUCACCCUGAUGGGAUCUAUGCAAGAAUGAUUCAGUUACAAAGAUUCUCAAACAACCAAGUCAUUGGUGUUGCCUCAAGUUCAAGCUCCUCAACAAGACCAAACGAUGAUCAAAGGGAAAGCUAGCAAUUCUUAUAUAGAGGACUAUAUGACAUAUAAUACCAAUGAUAAUUGUUUUGGUAAUUUUUUCUUGUUUUGACCAUAGUAUAGUUUUGUGUAUCAUCCCUCUUCACCUUACAUUAAAGAAUGUAUCUUUGUAUUUGUGAAUCUUACUAAGGAAGACUACACAAUUGAAGAUUGAAAUAGAUAUAUAUAGAUGUCCAUCUUUAUGAAUUUA